ACGUCAUUUCCCUUUCCCAAACGCAACGUUGACAGUGAAACAAAAUCGAUCAUGUGCAAACUUUGAAAAACCCCACCGUCACAAAAACAAAUGCACUGGUAGGCGCAGUUUCUUGCUUCUCCCACUUUCUCUCUCGAAUUUCAUCUUUCUCUCUUCACCCAAACAUGUCUGAAGCUUUGAUCAAUGGCUUGGCUGGUGCUGGUGGAGGGAUCAUAGCUCAGCUCAUCACAUACCCUCUUCAAACUGUAAACACUCGUCAGCAAACAGAGCGUGAUCCGAAGAAGGAUAAGACCAAAAGCAUAGGAACUCUCCAGCAAAUGUGCCAGGUUGUGAAACAUGAGGGGUGGGAGCGGUUGUAUGGAGGUUUGAUGCCAUCUCUAGUGGGUACAGCUGCAUCUCAGGGUGUUUAUUAUUAUUUCUAUCAAAUAUUCAGGAACAAAGCCGAAGUGGCUGCACUAGAACAGAAAAGGCUAGGCAUUGGCGAUGGAUCAGUUGGGAUGUUCUCCUCACUUAUUGUUGCUGCUUUCUCCGGGUGUGUUAAUGUGCUAUUGACAAAUCCCAUAUGGGUAGUUGUUACGCGCAUGCAGACGCACAGAAAAGAGUCAAGCAGAACUCCGCCUGGUGAUGUGUUGUUAAAUGCUACUGAACAAGCAUUACUUCCCGCAGUUGAGCCUCUUGCUUAUGGAACUAGCGAUGUGAUUCAAGAAGUCUACGGUGAAGCCGGAGUUUGGGGGUUUUGGAAAGGUGUAUUACCGACAUUGAUCAUGGUAAGCAACCCUUCUAUACAGUUCAUGCUGUAUGAAACCAUGUUGCUGAAGUUAAAAAGAAGACGUAGCCAAAGUAAGAAGGGCAACAAUGGAGUAUCUGCAUUGGAGGUAUUUCUUCUUGGAGCUUUGGCUAAGCUUGGAGCUACUAUUGUGACAUAUCCUCUUCUAGUUGUGAAGGCAAGGCUGCAAGCUAGACAGGUCCGAAAUGGAGACAAGAGACACCAUUAUAAAGGUACAUUGGAUGCCAUUAUCAAGAUGAUCCAGUAUGAAGGGUUUUACGGAUUUUACAAAGGCAUGGGAACUAAGAUUGUUCAAAGUGUGCUAGCUGCUGCUGUUUUGUUCAUGGUGAAGGAAGAACUAGUUAAACAAAUUCGUUUCUUGCUCACUAAGAAUGCCUCCAACUCUGUAAAACCAAAGCUUGUUUGAUUGGAGAUCACUACUAAUUUCAUUUUUUUAUCUAGGUUGAAUAUUCUAUUCAGUUGUCAUAUUCAUUCAAAAAUGAUAGGAAAUAUUAAAUAUCUUAUGGCAUUGGAAAGCUUGUAAGUUGUAACUUAUUGAACAGGAGAUUAAAAUGUGGCAUGUUUAAAAAUUACAUGCCAGAAUAUUACUUGCCUAUUAAGAACACGUAGAAUUGUAGAUUAUGCAGAACAGGAAUUUGGAAAAUUUGUAAGCUACUUCUAAGCAGAAAACAUUGCAGCUCAGGGAGUGGUGUUGGUGAAAGGAAAUAGAUUUUCUCCAUUUUUUUUAA